AUUCGUUUCCCAACAAAAAGAGCCGUUUAAAACGAGCCUUUCGUUUGCGAACUACCCAUCACAAGUGCUUACGCGCCGCUUACGUGCACACAGUCCACUUCAUGCAGUUGGUCAUUUUUGGAGAGGUUUGCUCAUCCUGUGUUGCGGAAGGGAGUCUUUGACAGAUAGAGAAUAAACAGUAAUAAAUAGUUCACACUUUGCCUGUUUACGCUCAACAUGGACCAAAAAGACACCGAAAUGAAUGAGAAGGGAGUUACUUCUUCGACCAGUGGAGUUGUGGUCCAAGUAAGAGAGAAGAAAGGACCUUUGCGUGCAGCUAUUCCAUACAUGCCAUUCCCAGUAGCUGUGUUAUGCCUAUUUCUCAACACUUUUGUACCUGGUUUAGGUACGUUCGUGUCUGCCUUCACGGUGCUGUGCGGAGCGCGGACAGACCUGCCUGACCGCCACAUGUGCUGUGUGUUCUGGCUGAACAUCGCAGCAGCCUUCAUCCAGAUCCUCACAGCCAUCGUCAUGGUGGGCUGGAUCAUGAGUAUUUUCUGGGGCAUGGACAUGGUCAUCCUGGCAAGUAUGUGUCACUCUGUAUUAUGCAUUUCGACGUGAUUGAGGUAACUUCAGAAAGUCUAGUGGAUUAAGUUUAUUAUUGUGUAUCAAAGGUCUACACGGGACAUUUUCCAGGAGACCAUCAUAAGACAGGUUAGAAAAGGUCCAGAAGGUCAUAUGGGGACCCCACACAUGAACUGAACACACAUGUACUAAACACAGAGUUCCAGCUGAUGUCAGCAGGGAGGCGUUAUACGGUGCCUAGAUGCAGGCAGAACAGAUACAAACAUUCCUUUGUCUAAUUUAAAAACUUGCCUGACAUGAACUAAUGCAUUUUUGUGUGUGUGGGGAGGGUGUGUAUGAUGAUGAUGUUGUUUGUGUGUUGCGUCAAUUGAUUUGAUGUAUUUAUGUGGAAGCAGCAGCACUCUUAUUGUCCAAGUCAAAGUAAAUAAUAUCAUAUCUAUGUUCAUGGGCAGGGUUAGGAGUUUUUCUUGACCACAUGACCUGUCCAGGAAAAGCUCCUGGUCCUGUUCAUAGAGGGUUGUGUAUGAUAUCCUCCCUAUACACUUUGCAGCCACAGCCCCAACAGAUAGACAGGUUUUUACAUGUGGUUUGAUGGGUGCUGUAAUUAUCUCUCUCUCUCUUCAACGCUCACUGCAGAUUGAAUUGCGUUGCUAAAAGCACUUUUAUGAAUGUGAAUUUCAAAAUAUCUCCAUCUCUUUAAGAGGAAAUUACCAGAAUAGAUAUAUUGGCUCACAUUGUGCAUGAGAUACUUGGCAUAUAGAUCCCGUUCUUCCGCUUGUACUAUCUUGUGUCUGCUUUAUGUUAUCACUUGAGGCAGUUUCAUUCAAAUUAACCAUGCUCUAUAGCUACAGAGUUCUCCCCAUUGGUUCCACUGAUGCUUCUCAGAUUGCCUUGGAUUUCAUUAUUAGAGUUCUCUCUCUCCGUGCCACAUAAGGGGAUGGAUUCCUUUGAAUCGUGACAAUUGCUAUUGUUUGCAGAGAGCAGGCCUUUGUCAGGAUAGCAAUGUGGUAUUAAUUGCUGUGAGCGUGAGAGGAAAAAGCUGCUCCCAGAACACUGUUGAGCGUCUUCAUGUUGUUAUUAUUAAUCCUGUUAUUGAAUUGAACCACUGAGCUCUGGAUCCUGUCUUCUAACUAACUUCUCUUAUUUUCAUAUCGAAGAGGGUUGUUUUCAACAGUGUUUGUUGCUACAGUAAUCUUUCUCUGGACAUUUUCUAGAACAUGCUGUUCCACUGUGUAACAUGCAGCUUCUCACGGUCGAAAUAUUAAUUGUUCUCAUGUUUCUUUUCUCUGUUACUCCUCCUAAAUGGAUGAAAGUUUCUGAUGGCUAUAGGGAUCAGAGGGUUCCCCAGCAGGUUUAAGGCUGGCCCAGCCCAGCUCAACGUGAAGCCUUGAUGUACAGUUGUCUCCUAACACAACAUCCCCCUUGGGGGAGAGCCAAGGCAGGAUGAUAUUCACAGGCUUAACCCCACCCUACCUACUGUACCGUAUGCUGCUGCAGCUCCACUUCACAGCUCAGUGGUAGAAUGAGGAGCACGUCAACAUUGAUGGCGAGGUGUUUUCUACAUGUGCCCAAAGUGUUCUGUGAAGAAAAUAACAGAAUGAAUUAUGAAUAUGUGCCAACUGUAUGUACAAUACUAUACUGUGUGCUAAGGACUAUCCAUCCUGUCUGGGGCACUAAUUCAGUGUUCAGAGGUUUUUAUGAAAAAAAUGAAAUGUGCAGUUUAUUCCUCUGUGUAUAUUAUCAGCUGUUGAACCACACUCUUAUUAUGACUAGUAGACUUCAGUAGACUGAAGAUGGUACCAGUGCCUGUCAAGCCCGCCAGGAUUGUAAUAGUAUGUUUUUAAAGGUCCAAUGCAGCCGUUUUUAUCUCAAUAUCAAUCAUUUCUUUGUAACAAUUAAGUACCUGGGCCUCCCGGGUGGCGCAGUGGUCUAGGGCACUGCAUCGCAGUGCUAACUGCGCCACCAGAGUCUCUGGGUUCGCGCCCAGGCUCUGUCGCAGCCGGCCGCGACCGGGAGGUCCGUGGGGCGACACACAAUUGGCAUAGCGUCGUCCGGGGUAGGGAGGGUUUGGCCGGUAGGGAUAUCCUUGUCUCAUCGCGCUCCAGCGACUCCUGUGGCGGGCCAGGCGCAGUGCGUGCCAACCAAGGGGGGGCCAGGUACACGGUGUUUCCUCCGACACAUUGGUGCGGCUGGCUUCCGGGUUGGAGGCGCGCUGUGUUAAGAAGCAGUACGGCUGGUUGGGUUAUGCUUCGGAGGACGCAUGGCUUUCGACCUUCGUCUCUCCCGAGCCCGUACGGGAGUUGUAGCGAUGAGACAAGGUAGUAAUUACUAGCGAUUGGUUACCACGAAAAUUGGGGAGAAAAUGGGAUAAAAACAAAAAAUAAAACAAUUAAGUACCUGACUGUAAUAGUUUUCCAUUAAAAUGGUCAAAAAGAAACAAAAAGGGCUUCUUAGCGAAGGGCAAUUACUCAAGCAAGAAUUUCGCUAGGACUGUCUGGGAGUGGUUUGAGUAGGGAGAGGAAAACUGAAAAUUAGCUGUUAUUGGCAGAGAGGUUUGGAACUCUCUUUCUUAUUGGUCUAUUAACUAUUUUAACGCAUGGUGAUGCCACCAUGGAAGGCCAAACCUUCAUCCCACCAAAACAGGCUGAAAUUUCAGGCAGCCAUUUCAAACAGCUCUUACAUUGAAAGAGCAUCAUCAUAAUUCUUACGAAUUCACAGUAUUAUUCCAACCUCAUAGUGUGGAAAUAUAUAUAAAACACAGACAAAUCAAAUUUUUGACUGCACUGGGCCUUUAAAACUUAUGGCAUAUGGAGAUGCCCUUGUUUUAUAUACAGUAAUAUUCUGCAUGGAUACCUUUGUAUCGUUCUUCAGAUAUGUCUAUCAUAUAUAAAGACUACUCACAUCACAGGCACACACAUUUAUAGCCUUCUGUGACUUUUGUACUACUAUUUAUUGGUUGUUGUUUUUGUUGUUUAAUGUCAGUGUAUUGUUCAGUGAAUCAUUCUGGGCCAGUUGCCAUAGAUACUGUCCAUGAAUUAAGUGUCUGUGUGUACACGUGGGACUAAAAUGAAUGUAAUUGGUUAUUAUUGCCUCAUGCAAAUGGCAGGAGAAGCGUGAGACACUACUACAGCGACCAGUUGUGCUGUAUGAUCCAUUUAAAUAGUGGUAUUAUUAAGCUAGAAAUAAUAGAAAAGUGAAAAAACAUAGAUGGUAGCAUACGCUUUGAUUGUGUUUUGAAGACAUCUAUUUUUUAAACAAGUUUAUUACAGUCAAUUCCCUUAAAUAGCCUACAGACCCAGGCGAGAACUGACAGGAGCUUGAAAAACGUGUCAGAGGAAUGUAGCUAACGCAGUCUGACAGAUAUUAUAUUUUGUUCAGAUAGAUACUUUAAGUUAUGCAGUUUAAUCUUGUACUUUGUCAAGAUUCAAGAAUGGAAGCAUUCGUCAGUGGCUUGUGUUUGAAGAAGAGUGUGUGAUGAGUUUAUUUAAGUAUUACGGAUUACAAAAGUAUAAAGAAAAAGAUUUAGCUCCAAACAUUGAUAUGUCACAUUUCAUAUUCCUGCACUUGAAUGCAAUGGAUUGUGAAGAAUAUAAAAUCCUCAUUGGAGACUGCGACUACUUUCACAAAAGGAGAUAUUCAAUGUAUUUGUGAAAUUUAAAGACCACUUCUAACUGUUCAAUUAUUUUACAGAAUAAAUGAGAUGAUUGCAACAAAAAGCUGUAAAAUCACAUUGGUGUACAGAACAUCAAAUAUAAGUGACACCCUCAUUAAACAAAGUAUGUCAUGAAAAA